GGGGACGGAUGAAGCAUUUGUGCCUUUUUCAAGGCAACACCGUGAAUGACUGCAGCAGCACGCAGUGUUCCUCCGCCGUAACGGACCACCGUCGGUUUACCAUGAGCACGAUCUGAUCACCACCAUUUUAGCACUACCGACUUCCCACCUUCAUCCACCGGAAAUCGAUCAUAAUCCACCAGCAAAUCAAUGAUGAAAUCCACUUCUACCACUCCUCGUAGCCUUUCACUCACUCAAUUUUGCUCACUCCGACGGACACAUUUUCUAUCCAUCUCUAGAGCGUCGCCAUCGUUUCCUCGUUUCUUUUCCGUUGGUUGUAAUUCGUGCACUCCUCCUCUUACUAGUGUAAAUAACGAAGUACCUCAGGACAUUCUUAUUGCUAAAGACGAUGUUGCAAUUGAGAACUUUGGGGUUGAAGUUAGGAAUCCUAAGCUUCCGUCUUUUGUUUUGCCGGCUAGAUUAAGCUUAGGCGACCAGGCUUUCUUUCUUCUGACGUUCAUUGCUUGCACGGCUUCAAUUGCAUUCACUGGUUUUGUCAUGGCAGCUGUUCCAACACUGUAUGCAAUGGGUAGAGCUGCAAUUUCUCUUGCAAAGUUGGCAGAUACUGCUCGUGAAGAACUUCCUAGUACAAUGGCUGCUAUCAGGCUUUCUGGAAUGGAGAUCAGUGAUCUUACCCUGGAGCUUAGUGACUUGAGCCAGGAGAUCUCUGAUGGGGUGAACAAGUCUGCUCAAGCUGUGCAAGCAGCAGAAGCUGGAGUCCGACAAAUUGGCUCAUUGGCCCGACACAAAACUAUGGCAAUGAUUCAGGAAAGAGCAAGCCUUCCUGUGAUCUCAAUACAACCAGUCGUUGCUGGAGUCGCAAAGAAGACUUCCCACGCUGUCGGUCAAGCCGGAAAAAGCUUUAUGAAUAUGAUAUCUGGAGGUGACUCGAGUCCAGAAGAUGAAAAAGCCGGCUCAAUUGACACCUUAGACAUCUAACGCUUUCAGGGUUCUUGGCGGCUUAUCUUCUCUUUCGAAAUUUCAAUAUUUGUGUUGAUACGUGCAGCUAUAGUUACAUGACUCUUAGAAAUAUUUGUUCUAAAUAAACAACUUAAAUUGUUAAUAAACAACAUUUUUGUACAUACC